CAUACACACGGGUUGGAUAGAACACCCACCAUGGGCUCGAGCCCCAAUUCCCCCCUCCCCCACACGGCGGCUUAGGGCUUAGGGGGGUCGAUUUGCGGGGCGAAGGUUUCUGCCAAAACUGCGCAGAGGUACCGCCGGACGCCAUGGGGCAGCUUGGGGUGGCGGAGCUGGGGGCGGAGUUCCUGGGCACCUUCGUGCUUGCCUUCACGGUGGGGUGCAACCUUUUCGCGGGCACCGCUCUGGUGCACCAAGCGAUUUCUGUGGCCUGCGCCCUCUUGGCGAUGAUGUACGUCUUCGGCUCCAUCUCUGGUGGGCACCUCAACCCCUCGGUCUCCUUCGCCAUGCUUUGCGCUGGCAAGAUGCGGCCUUUGGCAGCUUUGGCCUACGGCUUGGUGCAGAUCGGCGCCGGCGUCGUGGCGCUGCUGGCAGCCAGCCAUCUCUUCGAGGCGAGCCAAGUGCUGAGCCCCGAAGACGGCCAUUCCUGGAUGCAGGCAUGUGCGGUCGAGCUGGUCUACACUCUCAUGCUGGACUUGGUGAUUCUUUGCGUCUUUAGCCGCCGGAACAACCCGGACAGCGAGCCGAAUCAGUUCUAUGGCCUGGCGGCCGCAUGUGCCCUGGCCGCCGGGCUCGGCAGCAAGCGCAUCUCUGGGGGCGUCUUCAACCCGGCCAUCGCCAUCGGCCUGGGUGUGGCCAGCAGCAAGCAGCCUUUCACCGUCAGGGCCACAGCAGUCCUGAUGUACGUGGUGUACCAGCUCUUCGCCGGCGCGCUGGCGGCGCUGCUCUUCCGCGUGUUGCGCCCGGAAGAGUACAUGACCGAGAGCGACCGCAAGGCCUACGCCCCCAGCCGGCAAGUGAGGGCGGGCUCUGAGUUUGUGGGCACCAUGUUGCUGACUGCCACCGCGCGCAUGUGCGGAAACGCUUGGGCACCUGGCCUGGCACUCGUGAGCCUGGUCUACGCCCUGGGAGAUUUGUCCGGAGGCCACUUCAACCCGGCGGUGACGGCAGCUGUGGUCUUGUCGCGGACUCGGCGCUUCACUACGGGGGAUCUCCUGGGGUAUUGGGCCUCACAGGUCCUCGCAGCGAUCCUGGGCGCUUUGCUCUGCAGCACGGCCAUCGUAGGUGACGACCAGCCCAUGGGACCCAAGCCGCCGUACCAGUCUGGGGCUGCCUACAUUGUGGAGUUCAUGUUUACCCUGAUCCUGUGCCACACGGUGCUAGCUGUCGCCUGCAUCAAGGGGAUCGCCACCUCAUUCAGCAGGAACUACUACUUCGGCUUGGCGGUUGGCUUCGCCUUGGUCUCCGGCGGCUUCGCCUGCUUCACCAUCUCCGGAGCCUGCUUCAACCCCGCCAUCUCGGUGGGAGUGGCGUUGGUGUCCCUCGUCAAGGGCAGGGCCGGCAUCACUUCCUCCUACUACGCGAUCAAUUACUGCCUCGCGCAGCUCUUGGGCGGGAUUACCUCGGCGCUGCUUUUCCGGUCAACCCACGCCAGGGAGUACACCGCCAAGUCAAGGACCCCGUUCGGCACGGCCUUCUGACGCGCUCGAGUUCGGUGC